AUGUCUAACUACAAUUCUGAAUCCGAGGAUGGUUUGCAUUUUUUACAAAGAACCAUUACUCAAGAAUAUGUUGACACAACUCUUAAAUUUAAAAAACUUGAAGAUGCAAUUUCUUUAAACCUACAACUUCUUCGUUCACAACUCGAAGUUGAG